CAAAUGUUACAAAAAUCAGCUGUUUUGCUAUUUGUUGAUAAGAUUAAGCGGCGUCCAUAAUUUGAUUGGAAAUAAUUGAAAUUUUUAAAAUCAACUUUAAACAAUACAAUCAUUUCAUUGUAGCACAUAAUUAUUAGCAAAAAUAGCGUAAAAAGUGAACAAAUUAUGACAAUUUAAUUUCAAAUUAUUGGCUAAAAGUUUUGUCAGCUUACACGUAGUAGCCCACCGGACAAUUAUUCAAUAAAUACUCACAUAUUGUUUUUCAGUAUGAAUUUAGAAUUAUUAGAAUCUUUUGGACAGAACUAUCCGGAGGAAUUCGAUGGCUCACUGGAUUGCAUAUCACUGGCGGUAACUUGUGCUUUCAAUAAAUAUGGCACUUUAUUAGCAGUUGGCUGUAAUGAUGGUCGCAUUGUUGUGUGGGAUUUCUUAACGCGUGGAAUUGCAAAAAUUAUAUCCGCUCAUGUGCAUCCAGUGUGCAGUUUGAGUUGGACGCGUAAUGGACAUAAGCUGCUAUCUGCUUCAACAGACAACAACGUGUGCAUAUGGGAUGUACUCACCGGCGACUGUGAGCAUAAAUAUCGUUUUCCAUCACCUGUGUUGAAAGUGCAAUUUGAUCCACGAAAUGACAAACGUUUUCUUGUGUGUCCAAUGCGUUAUGCGGCCGUGCUAGUGCGAAUUGGCGAUACGCACAAAUGUCUGCCUUUAGAUUCAGAUGGCGAUUUAAAUAUUGUCGCUUCGUUUGAUCGACGCGGCAAACAUAUUUACACCGGCAAUGCAAAAGGCAAAAUACUGGUUUUAAACGCAGAAACGUUGGAAAUUGUGGCGAGUUUUCGUAUUAUUGUUGGUUCUUCAAGUGCGACGGCUGUAAAAAGCAUAGAGUUUGCACGUAGAGGCGACGCGUUCUUAAUAAAUACCUCCGAUCGCGUCAUACGUGUUUACGACUCAAAAGAGAUUAUAGCGCUGGGUAAGGAUGGUGAGCCGGAGCCAAUACAAAAACUACAAGAUUUAGUGAACAAGACCACAUGGAAAAAGUGUUGUUUCUCCGGCGAUGGUGAAUACAUAUGUGCGGGCAGUGCACGUCAACACGCACUCUAUAUAUGGGAAAAGUCGAUCGGGAAUUUGGUGAAAAUUCUACACGGCACCAAAGGUGAAUUGCUGCUCGAUGUUGUGUGGCAUCCAGUGCGCCCGAUUAUAGCUAGCAUAAGUUCGGGACUCGUUUCGAUUUGGGCACAAAAUCAAGUGGAAAAUUGGUCAGCAUUUGCGCCCGAUUUUAAAGAGCUCGAUGAGAAUGUGGAAUAUGAAGAACGUGAAUCUGAAUUCGAUAUUACGGAUGAGGAUAAAUCGGUUGAUUUGAAUGCGGAUGCAAAGCAGGAUGAAGAAAUCGAAGUGGAUGUAUUAAAAGUGGAACCAGUGGCAGCAUUUUGCUCAUCCGAUGAGGAGGGCGAAGACGAAAAUGCCUUACAAUUUCUACCGAUGGCGCCAGAAGUCGAAGAUCCCGAAGAUGGCUGGACCAUGCAAGAUGGUGUGGACACAUCGCUCACCAAAGAAAGUGACACAGCGCCGCAAGACUAUGAGGAUACGGUGUCGACGAAAAAGCGUAAAGUUAACAAUUAUGAUAUAAGCCUGCCGGAUGCGCCAGUCGAUGAAACACAUCCAUUAAUUUCAAGUAAAACAAAUAAAGAUAAGCAACCAGUGGGCGGCAAGAAGGCAGCGGGUCGUCCGAAAAAAUAACAUAUAAGGUUUUAAAUCUUUCUUUUUUACAUUUCAUUAAUUAGGUAAAAAAUAUUAAAAUUCAAAAAAAAUAAUGACUUUA